AUGUCAAAAGAUGCUCGCCGUCAAAUAAUGACACUUUUUGCUGUAUUAAUAAAUUGCCACAAUGUCGAUGGUGCAUUUGAUUUAUUUGAAGAAAUCAUGAAUAUUUACGCCGAUUCAUAUAACAACCAAUCGCCACAAAGAUUAUCUUUACUUCUCAAUCAAUCGAAUGUAGAUGAAUUUCCUGUUGAACCAUAUUUGGACGAAAUCGAAGAAGAUGAAGAAGAACCACAUUUUCUCGACGAAAUUGAUAUUACAAACGACGCCAUUAUUCAUCAGUCACCGUUUAACGUCAAGGCAUGCGACUGUAUGCCUCUUCUUAAAAAAUUGAUCCGUAAAGAAGCUAUGAAGAAAAAACCACCUAAUCCACUAUUUUCAAUCAAGAUUGUUCAUUUAUUUUAUAAAUGGUUUGCUUACGUUCCUCUAUGGUCAGGUAUCAUGACUGAAUUUGUAGAUAGGCAAGUUUUAUUCUGA